AUGAAUGUCCCUCAGGCACGGCGCAAAUGGUGGAAAGUGCAAUGGUUUGCAGACCAGGACACCAAGGAAGAAAGGCGACUCAUUACCAAGCUCGAUCUUUUGAUUGUCCCUUAUGCGUUUCUCGCAUAUUGGACUAAGUAUAUCGACCAGACAAAUAUCAACAAUGCCUAUGUCUCAGGGCUGAAAGAUGAUUUGGGCCUUCAUGGCAACGAGCUUGUCCAAUUGCAAACCAUGUAUACGGUGGGAGCAGUGGUUGGACAACUUCCCUUUAUAUUCCUCUUCACCAGACUCCCAAUGUCCUGGAUGAUUCCCUUCAUGGACGUUAUGUGGGGAAUCUUCACACUGGUGCAAUACCGUGCAAACUCCUUUGCAGAGCUGGCUGCAUAUCGUUUCUUGGUGGGCUGGUUUGAGGCUGGUUUCUUCCCUGGAAUGCACUACAUCUUCGGCUCAUGGUACCGAGGCGACGAGAUCGCCCGCCGCGGAGGUUUUUUCUACGUCGGUCUAACAUUCGGCACAUUAACAGCCAGUCUAAUCCAAGCAGGAGCCUCCAGCCGACUGGACGGCGUCAACGGACUCGCAGGAUGGCGAUGGAUGUACAUCAUCUGCGCAAUCAUAACCCUCCCAGUCGCCAUCCUCGGAUAUUUCAUCCUCCCAGGCUCACCAGACAAACCAAACAAGUUCGUCCUGAACGAGAAAGACGUCUAUCUCGCCAAAGCGCGCUUAGCCCGAGUCUCACACGCAACAAAAGAACGCGCCCUCUCCUGGCGCACCGUACUGGGAGUUGCGAGAAAUUGGAAAUUCUGGGCUCUCCUCUCACUCGAUAUCCUCUUCUGGAACGCUUGUCUGAAUACCAGUGCCGGUGGCUACCAGCUAUGGCUGAAGAGUCUGGACAGAUACCCCACCAGUCGAUUGAAUGAGUUAGCUGCCAUCUCGCCUGCCCUGGGCAUCUUUUAUACAUUGUUCAUCUGUUUCUCAUCAGACUUGUUCUUCGGCCCUGCCUGGGCAAUCACUAUCGCCCAUGUGUGGAAUAUCAUCGGACUGAUCAUUCUUAUCGUCUGGAAUGUCUCUGAGUCUGCGCUUUGGUUCGCUUUCUUGACUACUUACUCUUCCGUCGCUAUGUCGAGUGUUCUCUACGGUUGGAUCAAUAGUCAACUGCGGGCUUCUCCGGUCGAACGUGCUCUGACUCUUAUCAUCGUCAAUACAAUUGCCCAAUCGACCACGGCUUGGACGCCGCUUUUGGUUCUCCCAACUGUCGAGGCACCCCGGUUUAUGAAAGGUUACUCUUUCAUUCUUGGGAAUGCGAUUUGCUUGAUUAUUUUCUCGCAUGUGGUUCAGUAUUUUAUUUCUCGAGAAGAGAGGCUUGAGGCGAGCCGGGAGAACUCUGACUCGGAAAGUGUAGGCGUCUCCAGUUAUAUUGAGCCUAGUGUUCAGCGUGAUAAUGUGCAGGGGAAAGUUGAUACACAGACAUAG